AGCUGGCUGGAGGCCUGGCGGGUGGGGAAACAGAGGGGUGGGGAUCUGGGGUGGGCUGCGCCCCUUGGCUCUGACCCAGUCCACGCUCUGGCCCGCAGGAAGCAGAGGCUGUCAGCUCAUUCACUCCCCUUUCAGGACAGGGAGAGAAUAAAAGCUCUCUGGUCCCGCCCGGCUUCAAAAAGCCACUAGAGCCUCCUGGUCAGCUUGCGGGCCGCUCCCUUCUCACGCCUGGACCAUGCCCCGCUGCGGGUUUCUGCGAGGCCACAGGCGAGCACUCGAUAUCUGCAGCUGAGCGCUAAAACUUUUAAAACUUUUCUUCUCCCCAACAACUGAACCAUGCCAUGUGCUCGGGGGAGCUGGCUGGCCAAGCUCUCGAUGGUGGCUCAGUUUCUUAACUUUGGGGCUUUUUGCCACGGGAGACAAACUCAGCCCUGGCCGGUUCGCUUCCCAGACCCGAGGCAAGAACAUUUUAUCAAGUCCCUGCCAGAAUACCACAUAGUGAGUCCAGUCCAAGUAGAUGCUGGUGGCCAUGUUCUGUCCUAUGGCCUGCAUCACCCUGUCACUAGCAGCAGGAAGAAGAGAGCCUCAGAUGGUUCUGGGAACCAGGUGUACUACAGGAUUUCACACGAAGAAAAAGACCUGAUUUUCAAUCUGACGGUCAACUGGGAAUUUCUUUCCAACAGCUAUGUUGUGGAGAGGAGAUAUGGGAACCUUUCCCAUGUUAAGAUGGUGGCUUCCUCAGGCCAGCCCUGCCAUCUCAGGGGCACAGUUCUGCAGCAGGGCACCACGGUCGGGAUCGGGACAGCAGCUCUCAGUGCCUGCCAAGGACUGACUGGAUUUUUCCAUCUACCACAUGGAGACUUUUUCAUUGAGCCUGUUAAAAAGCAUCCACUGACCGAGGAAGGGUCCUACCCUCAUGUCGUAUACAGGAGGCAGAGCGCUGGAGCUCCAGAGGCAACGGAGCCUACCUGCGGAUUAAAGGACAGUCUUGAUAACUCUGCGAAGCAAGAGCUGCAGCGGGAGAAGUGGGAGAGGAAAAACUUACCCCGCAGAAGCCUCUCCCGACGCUCCAUAAGCAAGGAGAGAUGGGUGGAGACCCUCGUGGUGGCUGACACCAAGAUGGUAGAGUACCAUGGAAGUGAGAGCGUGGAGUCGUACAUCCUCACCAUCAUGAAUAUGGUCACUGGGUUGUUUCAUAACCCAAGCAUUGGAAAUCUAGUCCACAUUGUUGUGGUUCGGCUCAUUCUACUUGAAGAAGAGGAGCAAGGAUUGAAAAUAGUUCACCAUGCAGAGAAGACACUGUCCAGCUUCUGCAAGUGGCAGAAGAGCAUCAAUCCCAAGAGUGACCUCAACCCUGCCCAUCAUGAUGUGGCUGUCCUUAUCACCAGAAAGGACAUCUGUGCUGGUGUCAAUCGCCCAUGUGAGACUCUGGGGCUGUCCCAAUUGUCAGGAAUGUGCCAACCUCACAGGAGCUGUAACAUCAAUGAAGACUCUGGCCUCCCCCUGGCUUUCACCAUUGCACAUGAACUUGGUCACAGCUUUGGCAUCCAACAUGAUGGAAAGGAAAAUGACUGUGAGCCUGUGGGCAGGCACCCGUACAUCAUGUCCCAACAGAUUCAGUAUGACCCGACUCCACUGACGUGGUCGAAAUGCAGCAAGGAGUAUAUCACUCGCUUCUUGGACCGAGGCAGGGGGUUCUGUCUUGAUGAUAUCCCCAGAAAGAAAGGGUUGAAGUCCAACGUCAUCGCCCCUGGAGUCAUUUACGAUGUUCAUCACCAGUGCCAGCUCCAAUAUGGCCCAAAUGCUACGUUCUGCCAGGAAGUGGAAAAUGUUUGCCAGACGCUGUGGUGCUCAGUGAAAGGCUACUGUCGCUCUAAGCUGGAUGCUGCUGCAGAUGGGACUCGUUGUGGUGAGAAGAAGUGGUGUAUGGCGGGAAAGUGCAUCACAGUGGGGAAGAAACCAGAGAGCAUCCCCGGAGCCUGGGGACGCUGGUCACCCUGGUCGCACUGUUCCAGGACCUGUGGGGUAGGAGCUCAGAGCGCAGAGAGGCUCUGCAACAACCCAGAACCAAAGUUUGGAGGGAAAUACUGCACCGGAGAAAGGAAACGCUAUCGCUUAUGCAAUGUCCACCCCUGCCGCUCAGACACUCCAACUUUCCGGCAGAUGCAGUGCAGUGAAUUUGACACAGUCCCCUACAAAAACCAAUUCUACCGCUGGUUCCCAGUGUUUAAUGCAGCACAUCCUUGUGAGCUGUACUGCAGACCCAUUGAUGAACAGUUUUCUGAGAGAAUGCUGGAAGCUGUCAUUGAUGGCACCCCAUGCUUCGAAGGUGGCAACAGCAGAAAUGUCUGUAUUAAUGGCAUAUGUAAGAGGGUUGGCUGUGACUAUGAGAUCGAUUCCAAUGCUACAGAGGAUCGCUGCGGUGUGUGCCUUGGAGAUGGCUCUGCCUGCCAGACUGUGAAGAAGCUGUUUAGACAGAAGGAAGGAUCUGGUUAUGUUGACAUCGGACUUAUUCCCAAAGGUGCAAGGGAUAUAAGGGUGAUGGAAAUCAAGGCAGCUGGCAAUUUCCUGGCCAUUAGGAGUGAAGAUCCAGAAAAAUACUACCUCAACGGAGGGUUCAUUAUCCAGUGGAAUGGAAACUAUAAACUGGCAGGCACCGUUUUCCAGUAUGACAGGAAAGGAGAUCUGGAGAAACUUAUGGCUCCAGGCCCCACCAACGAGUCAGUGUGGCUCCAGCUACUAUUCCAGGUGACUAACCCUGGUAUCAAGUAUGAGUACACAGUCCGGAAAGAUGGCCUUGACAAUGACGUGGAGAAGUUGCUGUACUCCUGGCAAUUUGGCCGCUGGACAGACUGCAGUGUAACAUGUGGAACAGGUAUCCGCAGGCAGGCUGCCCAUUGUGUCAAGAAGGGCCACGGUGUAGUGAAAACGACCUUCUGUAACCCAGAAACACAGCCCAGCGUGAGACAGAGGAAGUGCCAUGAAAUGGAUUGCCCACCCAGGUGGUGGGCAGGGGAGUGGGAAGCGUGCUCAACGACAUGUGGGCCCUAUGGAGAAAAAAAGAGAACCGUGCUGUGCAUCCAGACCAUGGGCUCUGAUGAACAAGCUCUCCCUGCUACAGACUGCCAGCACCUGCUGAAGCCCAAAGCACUGGUUUCCUGCAACAGAGAUAUUCUGUGUCCAUCAGACUGGACAGUAGGCAACUGGAGUGAGUGCUCGGUUUCCUGUGGUGGUGGAGUGAGGAUUCGCAGUGUCACGUGUGCCAAGAACCUUAAUGAACCAUGUGACAAGACACGGAAACCCAACAGUCGGGCUCUGUGUGGCCUCCAGCAGUGCCCAUUUAGCCGUAGAGUUCUGAAACCCAAUAAAGAUAUAGCUCCCAAUGGGAAAAAUCAAACAACAUCAGAACGCGACCCCUUCAAGCCCAUCCCAGCACCAACAUCCAGGCCCACACCACUGUCCACACCCACAGCGCCUGAGUCUAUGAGCACAAGUACUCCCACAAUCGACAGCCUUGGCUCCACCAUAGCAUCCCAAGAAGAUCCAAAUGGGAUAGGAUGGCAGAAUAAUUCAACCCAAGCUGAAGAGGGCUCCUACUUCCCUACUUCUUCUGGAAGCACUUCCCAGGCGCCCCUGACUUCCUGGUCUUUGAGUAUCCAACCUGAUGAUGAGAAUGUUUCCAGUUCAGCUAUAGGUCCCACUUCAGAGGGUGACUUUUGGGCAACCACAACAAGUGAUUCUGGUUUAUCAUUUAGCGAUGCUAUGACUUGGCAGGUAACUCCAUUUUAUAGCACUGUGACCACAGAUCCAGAAGUGGAGAUGCAUAGUGGAUCUGGGGGAGACAGUGACCAGCCUUUGAACAAGGAUGAAAGCAACUCUGUGAUAUGGAACAAGAUCGGAGUACCUGAACAUGAUGCUCCCAUGGAGAUGGAUGCAGAAAUGCCACUUGGACCUCCACCAACAUCUUAUGUGGGGGAAGAGCCCCCAUGGCCUCCCUUCAGUACAAUGAUGGAAGGCUCAUUACCUGCCUGGUCCUUCAAAAAUGAGACACCCAGGGAUGAGGGGAUGAUCACUGAAAAUUCAAGGAAGAUUCCACUCCUUCUUGGAGGAGACCACCAGCCAGCAACCUCAAAGAAGUUAGGAAACCAUGACAAAUUGGCACUGCCAAAUAAUACAAAUCCAACCCAAGGCUCUGGGCCUGUCCUGACUGAAGAAGAUGCCUCCAGUCUGAUUGCUGAGGGGUUUUUGCUAAAUGCUUCUGACUACAAGCAUCUUAUGAAGGACCACAGCCCUGCAUACUGGAUUGUUGGAAACUGGAGUCAAUGCUCCACCACCUGUGGGCUGGGGGCCUACUGGAGGAGUGUGGAGUGUAGCACUGGGGUGAAUGCUGACUGCACAACCAUUCAGAGGCCAGACCCUGCUAAAAAGUGCCACCUCCGCCCCUGUGCUGGCUGGCGAGUGGGAAACUGGAGCCAGUGCUCCCGAAAUUGCAGUGGAGGCUUCAAGAUUCGUGAGGUUCAGUGCAUGGACAGCCUGGACCACCACCGGAGCCUGAGGCCAUUUCAUUGUCAAUUCCUGGCUGGCGCUCCUCCUCCGCUAAGUAUGAGCUGUAACCUGGAGCCUUGUGGAGAAUGGAAAGUGGAGCCCUGGAGCCAGUGUUCUAGGUCCUGUGGAGGCGGUGUUCAGGAGAGAGGAGUGUCUUGUCCUGGAGGCCCCUGUGACUGGACAAAAAGGCCGGCAACCACUGUGCCCUGCAACAGACACCUUUGCUGUCACUGGGCCACUGGGAACUGGGAGCUGUGCACCACUUCCUGUGGUGGUGGCUCUCAGAAGAGGACCAUUCAUUGCAUCCCCUCAGAAAACAGUACAACUGAAGAGCAAGGCCAGUGCCUCUGUGACCAUCAAGUCAAACCCCCAGAAUUCCAAAAAUGCAACCAGCAAGCCUGCAGGAAGAGUGCUGAUUUAACUUGCACAAAGGACAGACUUUCAACCAGCUUCUGCCAGACACUGAAAUCCAUGAGGAAGUGCUCUGUGCCAUCAGUGCGAGCCCAGUGCUGUCUCUCGUGUCCACAGGCGCCCAGCAUCCACACCCAGAGGCAAAGAAAACAGCAAUUGCUCCAAAGUCAUGACACACUCUAGGUUCAGAGAGAAGCCAUAGUCAUGGGCCUCCAUAGCCUGAUACCCAAGAACAUGGUCCGGACAGUCACUUCACUACUAUUUUACUUUACACAUUCUAGGUUCAACUUUGGGUCAUAACAAAACAAAAUGCAAUGUGUGUGUCUAGCCACAAAAGGUUCCUCACAGAAAGCUUGGGGCUGGCUGCUCCCUGAUAGGAAGACAAAGUGUUUGAGAGAAUGCUGCAGCAGUUGAGAUGAGUUCCUGGGGAAAGUGCCAGAUGAGGCAAGUCUGUGAAAAUAUGUCUUUCCCCCUUCAAAGUUAAAAAUACAGCCUAGAUUUUGUUUUUCCAAACUACCUCAAGAGUACCAAGAAACAGAGCCACACGUACCCAGGAAAUAGAUGAUCUUUUAAAUUUGUCUUCAUGAAUAUAUCCUCUUUGGGUGCUUUGGGUAGCCACUGUUUAAAAGUCAUGGGGCAAUUUUCAGGAACAUCUAUCCAGUCGUCAAUAAGGAUAGGAAAAGGAUGUCAGCUGUGGUGCUCAGUCUUCUCUCCAUCCCUGUAGGACUUCACAACUGGAAACGUGGAACCUUGGGACAAACAAUGGAGACUUGAGAUUAAGGAGACACGAGCAUCAGAUGCAGCCUAGGGGGAUUACAUUGGCGAUCAGGAAGUCAUUUUUCACUUAACUUCAGUUUCUAUUAAAAAUCCUAAAAACACAAAGGAACAGAAAUCAACUUCUCCCAAGCAUAAGAAAGUUUGUUCCUCAAACUUUCCUGACUUUGUCAUCUUGUCACAGAACAAAUGUGUAUCCCUGUCUGCCAGGCUUUCUCCUGCCCUGUCCUUAUCGGGGUCAUGACCUCAGGUCCUGCCAUCAUCCCUGUGCAGGAAGAUUAUACACAAAAACGGCUACAACUGGGGUUAGAGCUGACUUCGUACCCUAUUUCUCUCCUGAGAGAAAAAAGUGAAGUUCCAGGUUAAACCACUUUUCAAAAUCAGGUAAAUUGUACUAAGUCUAGGAAUUUAGUAGAAAUUUAUAGUUUAGGAGAAAAAAGUUCUAAAAAGUGGGCAAGAUUACCUAUUUAGUGUGUCCAUUGGUGACUUUUAAAAGUGUUUUGUCACUAGAGAUAGAGAGCUGGGGUUGAAUGCAUAUUUAGCACAGUUGUGCAAGGCUGUAAGUUUGGUCUCUAGCAACAUUCAUGCGUGAGUAUACACAUACACAGAGAAUCAAAAACAGAGGCUAACUUACCUUGUGGAGAGCAAGCAAGUCAAGAGGGUCCCAACCACUGAAAUGGAAGUUAGUGUGCUUAUUUGAGACAUCCCCACCACCACCACACAUACACACACACACACACACACACACACACACACACACACACACACACUGAAGUCAGAGAUGCAAGCCCUGGGGAAAGACCUCAGAACCAGCUCUUGAUAGGAUAGGAGGCAACACAUGCCUUCGGGGAUGGAUCACAUAGCUUUAAGCUUAUGCACCAAUAUACAUCAUCUUCCUACAGUACCCCACAGCUCCCUGUAGUUAUCCAUCCAUUCAGCAGAACGGUGCUAUUAAACUUGGUGCUAAUACCUAGAUGGUGGCAGAGCUAGCAAAAAUGUUAACAAGUAGUCACAUGAAUGGUUAAGUGUCUACGAACUUCCAGAUAGACAUAAUGUUCUGUGUGAUGGUGUUGCUGGCCAAUGCCAGUUUUAUUUGUUCUGAGACCAUAAACAUACCAUUAUAUAGUAUGUGCUUUUAAACUCUUUCAAGCCACUAGCAUGUGUUGUUCUGAUCGAUUGCCGUGGAAAUAAAACACUGGUAUAUGGAUAAAAUCCAAGCUAUACCAGAAAUUGGAGGAAAUACACAUUUACUGAAGCCAGGGAAUUUAUGUGUAGUUAAGCACGCAUUCUUGCAUUCUGUCUUUACAUAAGAAUAUUGCUGGCCAAUGACAAUCUCUGGUGAAAUAGCUAAUUUAGAGAAAUACAUUACUCUGUUAGUGGCAUAAAUGGUGAAAAUAAGUAGAGGGGGAACGUGACUUUCUAAUGAGGAAUUUUGCAAAGACUAGUCGUAUAGGCUUUCAGAAGUGUUUAUUAGGAAGCCAUGUGAAUUUAACUUGAGCUGGUUGAUGUUCUAGAGUAAAGUACGUGACACCAGAGUCCUGGGUAUGACCAGGCUUAUGAAACUCAGGAACAACCUUGGAUCUCUACUGACCUCAACAAACAUAAGUAGACCAGAUUUCCCAAUGCAAAAGGUAGACCAUGUCACUCGGGGCCCCGUGCGGUGAGGCACAUCAUGAGUCUGUGGGGAGAGUCUGGCCAGGUGCUUCAUUCUAGAGCUUUCUCCAGUUUCUCAAGUACAGGAAACAGGCCUCUGAUCAUGUAUUGAGGACAUCCUCUUCCUACCACGGUGAAACUCUCCUAUGGCUCGUGUCACCUGUGUUUGCUCUCGGAGUCAUCAGUCAACUGCUCCCCUGUGGACUAUCAGUGUCUCCAUGGGUAUUUAAUGCUUGAGAUGCUAGAAGAACCGUGACUAGCAGGAUGAUGCUGACAGCAAGAGCUGGAUAGUAUCUUCACAGGGUCAGUUGUGAAGGCUCGGUUUAUGUCACCCAUAUCCCCCUUCAUGUUAACACCUUGAAGGUAUGAGUAAGAAGUUCAGCAAGAGACCCUGGCUAUAUCCUUACUAUGAGCCUAACAGGGCCACCAAGAGCCUUGUACUUAAAUAUAUCAUGUUGGGUUUACAUUGUUUCUCAGAGUGAUAGAAUUAGUUCUCUAAAAAGUUAUAGGCUAUUUAAUUCUUGAACAUCAAAAGAGAACAAUAUUCCUAGAAACUUUAUAGUGAAUACUUUAUUUAGCUCAUGAAUCAUGUCCUGCAAGAAAGGAUUGCUUUCCUCGGUGGGAAUAGCUGUUUAGUCAUAGGUCUUCCUAAACAGGAGCACAGACCCUUCCUCCUGGUCUCCCGAGACAGCAGGUCUUCACUGGCUUUCCAGUGCAGUGCUUUCUGAGAGUCUGUUUUGAACCACCUCCAUCAAGAAUCUGAAGCAGUUUGAGGGAUUAUGUUAUUUCAGACCCUAACUUCCCAUCUGGUUAGCUGACCGGUCUCUGAAAGCUCCAUGUGGCUAACCUAGAAAAGUGCAAAGUCUUAGCUUUCUCCUUUCUCACUUCAAGAUGAAGCUCUGGGACCGCCUAUCUGGUGCUCAAUCCACAGUGAUUCACUUACAGAGGCCACACAUCUUGAGCUUCCUGGUGCUAUAACCAAUCCAAUAUGAUUGAUGCUACUCCUGUUGCUAAUUCAGGUUUUUUUUUUUAAUUCAAGUAUUUUUAUUUUAAGUUCUGUCACUAAAAAUAAUGUGAUGGGGGAAAAAUGUAUUUCUCCCCUAACACUGCCCUCCAAAAUAAUGGUGUGACAUCCAUGGCUAAUGCAUUGUCUCUCCUGUGUUUCUGUACUGCUGCUUCACCACCUGAUUCCCACACUCCUUAUGUAUCCUGUGAGUACCUCAGUAUUAAAGCCAGAUUAUAAUCAUAGACUGUCUUCACAUGGCAUCAAUAAAUGGCCAAACUCGUUGAUG